CCCUCCUGCGAGUCCUUACCUAGUGGAAUGAUACACAGACCAAGUUUUCUGAGACAGGAAGUGAGGAAUGUUUUCACUAUGACUGAGUUGGAGGGGAACCUGGCAUGCCCUUCCCGACCCACGGGACGCAAUGAGACCCUUGUGAAGGAGGACCGGUGAGAGAUGUCUUCCGGGGGAGAACCCGAACUGUUUGCGUUGUGUAGCUGAGGAUGCGUGACCUCAGAACCUCUUCAGCUGGAUCACUGCAACAGGUAGUACUUUGGUGGAUGAUCCCUUCACCUGGACCUUGGAGAAUCAGAUGCUUUUUAAUGGCUGCAGACGCUGCUGGGUGAGCAGCCUGAGACUUUACAACUCUCAACUCUUCAGGAGACCCAACAUUCUCUCUCCAUUACCUUCCACUGGGUCAGUGGUGUUGCUUUUUCCUCACUGCCCCCUUACAAUAGAAGGGGAGAUAAGAUGCCACUUCCAUUUGGGUUGAAACUGAAACGUACUCGUCGAUACACAGUGUCCAGCAAGAGCUGUCUGGUUGCCCGAAUCCAACUGCUAGACAAUGAGUUUGUGGAGUUCACACUUUCUGUGGAGAGCACUGGUCAGGAAAGCCUGGAAGCUGUAGCCCAAAGACUAGAGCUUCGUGAGAUUACUUACUUCAGCCUGUGGUACUACAACAAGCAAAAUCAGCGCCGGUGGGUAGAUUUGGACAAGCCUUUGAAAAAGCAGUUAGACAAGUAUGCAUUGGAACCAACUGUCUAUUUCGGGGUGGUGUUUUAUGUGCCUAUGGUUUCCCAGCUUCAACAGGAAAUUACCAGGUAUCAGUAUUAUCUGCAACUGAAGAAAGAUAUAUUGGAAGGAAAUAUUCCUUGCACAUUAGAACAGGCAAUUCAGCUUGCAGGUUUAGCUGUACAAGCUGAUUUUGGUGAUUUUGAUCAGUAUGAAUCCCAGGACUUUCUGCAAAGAUUUGCCUUGUUUCCUGUGGGAUGGUUACAGGAUGAAAAAGUAUUGGAAGAAGCAACGCAAAAAGUGGCCUUACUACACCAGAAAUACAGAGGGCUUACCCCACCUGAUGCUGAAAUGCUAUAUAUGCAAGAGGUAGAGAGGAUGGAUGGUUAUGGGGAAGAGAGCUAUCCUGCUAAGGAUAGCCAGGGAAGUGACAUCUGUAUUGGAGCCUGUCUCGAUGGCAUCUUUGUGAAACACAAAAAUGGAAGGCCUCCUGUUAUAUUUAGGUGGCAUGACAUUGCUAAUAUGUCACACAAUAAGUCCUUUUUUGCAUUAGAACUGGCAAAUAAAGAGGAGACCAUCCAAUUUCAAACUGAAGACAUGGAAACUGCAAAAUAUGUAUGGAGGCUGUGUGUUGCUAGACACAAGUUUUACAGACUAAACAAAUGCAACCUGCAAACUCAGACUCUUACAGUGAAUCCUGUUAGGAGGAGGUCUUCAUCAAGGAUGUCUCUGCCUAAACCUCAGCCGUAUGUGAUGCCUCCACCACCUCAGUUACAUUACAAUGGACAUUAUACAGAACCAUAUACUUCUUCCCAAGAUAACCUCUUUGUGAACAACCAGAAUGGAUAUUAUUGCCAUUCUCAGACAAGUCUAGAUAGAGCGCUUGACUACAAUGGAAGAAUCCGUAAUGGGAGUGUCUACAGUGCCCACAGCACGAACUCUUUAAAUAACCCACAGCCCUUCUUGCAACCCUCACCAAUGUCCUCUAACCCAAGCAUUACUGGAAGUGACGUUAUGAGACCUGACUAUGUUCCAUCACAUAGACAUAGUACUCUGAUACCUCCAUCUUAUCGCCCCACCCCAGAUUAUGAAACGGUGAUGAGGCAGCUUAAUAGAGGAGUGAGCCAUGCUGACAGGCAGAGCCACUCACUGAGAAAUCUCAAUAUUGGCAAUUCUUAUGCUUACAGUAGGCCCGAUGCUUUGGUCUACAGUCAGCCUGAAAUCAGAGAACGUACUCAGUUUACUUCUCCACAGUCAGUGCAUUAUCCAUUCAAUCUAAAUUACAGCUUUCAUAGCCAGUCUCCUUACCCCUACCCUGCCGAGAGGCGACCUGUUGUUGGAGCCGUGAGCGUUCCCGAGUUGACUAACGUACAACUUCAGGCUCAGGAUUAUCCAGCUCCCAACAUCAUGAAAACACAGGUUUAUCGACCACCCCCACCUUAUCCAUAUCCACGACCUGCUAAUAGCACCCCAGACUUAUCCCGGCAUCUAUACAUCAGCAGUAGCAACCCAGAUCUCAUCACAAGGCGAGUCCACCAUUCAGUGCAGACGUUCCAAGAAGACAGUCUCCCAGUUGCCCAUUCUCUGCAGGAGGUCAGUGAACCCUUGACUUCAGCCCGACAUGCUCAGUUACAGAAGAGGAACAGCAUCGAGAUAGCUGGAUUGACCCAUAGUUUUGAAGGAAUAAGGCUUAAAGAGAGAACUAUGUCUGCCUCUGCAGCUGAUGUGGCAGUGCCCCGGGUCAUAGCAGCUAGCUCUCAGCCGAAUGUUUUCAUAGAAAGGACAAAACAAGAAGAAAAUGAAGAGCAGGAAAAUGUGAGAUACGGUCAUAAGAAAUCUCUUUCAGAUGCCACCAUGCUGAUUCAUAGCAGUGAAGAAGAAGAAGAAGAAGAAGAUUUCGAUGAAGAAAGUAAAGUACUCUCUCCUCUUCCUGAUGAGACCACACAGCGUUCCUCGGGGAUAGGUGGCUACUCUAAAGAGUCUUUGCUUGGUUACCCGUAUGGUUCUGUUACCACUGGGCCCAACCCUUUGCAUAUUCUUGAGCCAAAGUCACAUAUCCUAGAGACUGAGAAGCCAGUAAGAGCCAUCAGUCCAGUUCAUGUGAUAGUUGAUGCCCAGAUACCUAGAAGAGAAGGGUUAUUGACUCCAUCGAUGUCAGAGUCGGACCUCACAACAUCAGGACAUUAUAGAAUGAAAAGGGAUUCUCUUAAAAAGAGACCUGUGUUGGACAUUCUUUCAGGAAAGAAGAAUGUUGUUGAAGGUCUUCCUCCAUUAGGGGGAAUGAAAAAGAGUCGAGCAGAUGCAAAAAAAUGUGGUCCUCUUAAACUGGCUGCUUUAAAUGGAUUGUCCUUAUCUAGAAUGCCCUUGCCUGAUGAAGGAAAGGAAGUACCUACCAGAGCAACCAAUGAUGAGAGGUGUAAAAUUCUGGAACAGCGGUUAGAACAGGGAAUGGUAUUCACAGAAUAUGAACGCAUACUGAAAAAGCGGCGGAUAGAUGGGGAAUGUGCAAUAGCACGACUCCCUGACAAUGCGGAGAGAAACAGAUUCCAAGAUGUGCUCCCCUAUGAUGAUACCAGAGUAGAACUGGUUCCAACCAAAGAAAACAAUACUGGUUAUAUCAAUGCAUCACAUAUUAAGGUCUCUGUUGGUGGCAUCGAAUGGGAUUAUAUUGCCACCCAAGGACCUUUGCAAAAUACAUGUCAGGAUUUUUGGCAGAUGGUAUGGGAACAAGGGAUUGCUAUCAUAGCAAUGGCGACAGCAGAAGAAGAGGGUGGACGAGAGAAGAGCUUCAGGUAUUGGCCACGGCUUGGUUCAAGGCACAACACUGUGACAUAUGGAAGAUUUAAGAUCACAACACGAUUCCGCACUGACUCUGGUUGCUAUGCCACAACUGGCUUGAAGAUCAAACAUCUUCUUACUGGGCAAGAAAGAACAAUUUGGCAUCUUCAGUAUACUGAUUGGCCUGAGCAUGGUUGUCCAGAGGAUUUAAAGGGAUUUUUGUCCUACCUGGAGGAGAUCCAGUCGGUGCGUCGCCAUACGAACAGCACAGCUGAACCUCAAGGCCCCAAUGCUCCUCUGCUGGUCCACUGCAGUGCCGGUGUAGGAAGAACUGGAGUGGUCAUUUUGUCAGAGAUCAUGAUCGCCUGUUUGGAGCACAAUGAGAUGCUGGACAUCCCACGAGUGCUGGACAUGCUGAGGCAACAAAGAAUGAUGAUGGUGCAGACUCUCUGUCAGUAUACUUUUGUCUAUGGAGUUCUUAUCCAGUUCCUGAGAAACUCAAGGCUUAUAUAACCUCCACCUGUUUCUCCCGGGACCCAAUUACCUAUAAAGAGUUUACAAGGAAAAAAAAAGUGGGUUUAUCAAGGCAAACCCAUUUGUUCUUGGGCUUCCAACCCCUCUCCCCCAUUCUUCUUAUACAAGGUGUAGGGUGCUAACGUCAACUUAUGGUGGUGCAUUGCAUCAAGCCUUGGAAGUCACAAGGCCAAAGAGGUGGAUUUCUGCUUGGGGGAAGUGCUAGAGAAUUGGGGCCUUAGUUGGAGUAACUAAGCUCAGCUCCUGUCAGUGCUGAUUUGCGGUACUUGCACACAUUCUUGAAGUUGUGUUUUCUAGAUAAAAUAAUUCUCUACCUUACUGAAACUAUGCUGGGAAGUUCUGGCAAUCAUAAAGGCAAUGUAUAGAUUUCUAUUUCAAAACUGCUUUUUGAUAAGAGAAUUUUAUUUUGUGACUAAAAUAUCUAGGGGUUUCUUUAGUAAGAAGCCUGGCUUUCCAUGGGACUUGUCCACAAUUACAACUGGUUUCUGGACACAUCAAGUUUAUAUAUUUUUUUAAAAUGUUACUAUCUUUUCUGUUUAUAAUUUUCUUUUUGUUUGUUUUUUAUUCUUGGUAACCUAGGGCUUAACUAUCAAACUAUAAACUACAAAAAGACUUUUAAAUGGUCUCAUUUAGGAGAUAGGAAACUUCUUUUAAUUCAGAAAAUUAAUUUUUAAUUUUUCCAAGUUACAAUUGAAAAUGAAAAGAUUCUUAAAUUAUUUUCAGGGUUUAUUAAAGAAAAAGUUGGAAUGGUCACUUAAUAUGUUUUAAGUAACAGAGUCAGCAGCAUUUGAUAUAUUUUCAGUAUUAUUCAUAACUUUAGAUGACCCUUUGAUUUUACUGGUUGAAAUUUUAGUGGAUGAAUAAGAUGGUUUUAAAGCACUUUUAAAAAAAUUAAAAAUAAUACAUUUCAAUUUCUAUUGUUUUAUAAGUUGAAAUGUUAACAACAGUAAUGAGGAUGAUGUUUUGAAACAAAUGUUUUAUAGUUUGAAUGUAAGAAAUAAGGAUUUUGAGUAUGUAGUAUAUAUAAGAUGUGAGGAAGUGCAACAUGGUUGUGAACAUUGGAAACUUUUAAUAUGUUGUUACAAAGAUAAGAUACAGUAUUACUAAUUUUGUUCUCCUAUAUUUACACUACUCCUGAGAGUAUUGGGGGUGAGGGGAAAUGGUUGAAAGAUUGACAGGAGGCAGGGUCUUCCCUAGGGGGAUUCAGGUCAUGGGAUAAAUCAUAUCAUGUUCUUUGUCUCCCCUUCCUGUCCAGCUUUUUAUACAGGUGAAAUCGUUGUGUUAUGUACAUCAAGAGCAGUCACAAAAGGGCAUCUUGGAGGAUGAGUGAAAUGGCAUAAGGGGAAAAGGUGGUUCCAUGCUUUAUGUUAAGGCUAGAGGGAGGAUUAUGGACUAGUUGUAUGUAUAUGAAACGCCACAUCUUUUAUAUAUAUGUGUGUAUAUACACACACACACACACACACACACACACACAUAUCUAUCUAUCUAUCUAUCUAUCUAUCUAUCUAUAUAUAUAUAUACUCAUUGCUAUAUCCUUCUCCCAACUUCCAUUCCAAAGUUGUCUCCCUAUGGCACCAACAUCCUAUCAAUUCUCUUCUAAGGCCAUCACCAUGCUUUGGUCAUUAGUGAGUGGCUUUGAAUUCCAAGGUAAAUCAGAGAUGUGGCUUAAUUAAUCACUAAUCAAUAAGUGUGUGUCGUUGUCAAUCAUGGUAGAGGAUUUACUUGAGGCAGUUUCAUGGUGAUUUAUUUGCCAGUCUAAAUUUGACUUACAAGAGACCACUUAAGUAGCAAAAGCACAAUUUAGAAGCUAUGAAUCAAAACAGUUUGGAAGCAGGAACAUAUUAUUGAUUUCAACAUCAGUUUUUUAAAAAUUCUGUUUAAAGCACAACAGACCCAAUGAUUAUGUUCAGUGAUAAUUAGCUGCUUGAAAGAAUGGAAUUAUAAUAAUAUUAAUAAUGGCUAACCUUUAUAUAGUGCUAUAAUGGUUACAAACAAGACACUUCACAUAUUAUCUCUCAUGGCAAUUUUUCCUUUCUCUACAUAUGUUUGAAUUGUUGUGUUGAGUGAGUUUACUUGUACAUCUUUUCAGUGGUGGUGCUAUCUUCCCUACUACCCUUCUCCUUCCAGUUGGAAUCAGAUUUAAAGCUUUUUGGAAGGAGUGUCCUAUUGAUAAGAUAUUACACUAUGAAAACUGAAUUUAAGGGUAAUGCAUAAGAUGUCCUUUUCUUAUUUUAAUAAAUUGAUUACUAAUGGAUAAAUUAAGAAAUUAAAAUGGCAUAUUUUAGCUUUAAUAAUUUACCUAAAAUGUUGCACUUAGAACCCAUGUAAUGCUUUCUGUGCCCUUUGAGUAUUUGAACAUUUUGUGGUAGUUGUAAAAAGAGGUUAGUGGAAAAUAACUAUACUAUGUAUUCUCCAAAUUUGUCUUCCAAACAAUAAUGCGAUUUCAUAGAGGAUAUAGCAAAAAUACAGAGGUCUGUAACCUUGCCAUGAUGGUUAACUAGCAAUUGAUUGUAUUACAGCCUGUCAAAAAUACAUAAGGUUUAAAUUUUUUGGUUAUUUUUAGGUUCUAAGUAAAAGAUUUAUAGCAAGUUUAUAUCAAAUUAUAUACUUUUACAAAAAUAGGUUAACAUGCAGUAUUUAACAAUGACCAAUUAUUGUCACUGAUGACAUUACCCCUCUUUUUUUCCUGAUUAGGGGUACUUUUGAAGAAAUAUUCUAGAGCAUAGUUUUAAGCAGAGAAAUGAACGUCUUAUUUUAGAAUAUCAUACAGAUAUUUAUGGAAAAAUUGAUGAUAUUCUUCUGGAACAUCUACUGUGAAGCAUGAAAGUGAGCCCUAGAAUUUAGUUCUAAGUUCUUAGAACGUUUUGAUAGGAAUAAAUAAGGAAAUCUGCUAGUACAAACUUCAGAAAGCAAAGAACACAUUGUGCAGUACCCUUCCUGUCCCUGCUAAAUUAUAGGGCAAUGGGACUUAGAGAUUUUCAACUGUGUAUUUCUUUUUAUUUGAGUUUAAAACUGGCCAAGUUUUCUUUCAGCCUUUUAUAACUAUAAGUCAUAGAUUGAAGUGGGUUUAGUGUUUAUACCUUUAAGAAAAUGUAUACGAAGUUGUAUUUUGAUUAACUUAUUAAAAGCAGGCUUCAUUUGGGACAAUUUGCAACAAAGAACAGAGCUCAGUUAUUUUCUUUUGCACAAAUCUUUUUUUAAAGCUUAAUUUAGGGAAAGAUGUUUAUUGGAAAUAUAAAUUAGUUUGAGGAUUUAAUAUAAAUUAAAAAUUAAAAAUGAUUUUUGAAAUAAAAACUUUAAAAAGGUCAAGUUACAAGGAGUAAUUUGUAGGGGAAAAAGUUACUCAGAUGAGAAAUAUGAUAGUUUAGAUUGCAAUGGGUAUUCAUUAAGGCAUAUAGCUUUCAUUAACUAUUAUAAGAAUAUUAGGAAGGUUGGGCAUUUCUAGAUUUAAAAAAUAUAUAUAUAGUGAUUUCAAAAAUUCAGUUGAAGGGAUUUCCACAUUGCUGAUAAGAUUAAAUUAAAGUGCUGGAAAAUUUUAGAAGUGUAGUGUAUUACGUACAUAAGCAAAUGUUUAAGAUGAUGGCUUAUUCUUCAAGACAAUUAAAAUAAUGUUCCAUUCUUAAAAGUCCAGAGAAACUUCUUAAAGUAUCCCAUAACUUUGGUGGGCUGUUAGGUAUUCUACUACUUAAUAAGAAACAAAUAGUGACCUUAGUUGCUUUUUUGGGGGGGGCAGUGGGGGUUGUGACUUGCCCAGGGUCACACAGCUAGUAAGUAUUAGGUGUCUGAGG